CGAUACCAACUUCCUGAUUCAAUAAAAAGAAGAAGAGACAUACGAGUAGUCGAACACGAGCGUAAAGCAUGAACAUGGAUUGUGGUUAUGGCUAUAAUGUUUUAAAUUAUGAACGUACUAAAAUGUUUGAAAUUUAAUUUGAAAUUCCUGAGAAACAAGACGUUCAUCAAUAAACAUGCAUUGAAAAACACGUUGAGAAAAUUUAACGACGUUGCUACGGACGAUAUACCAGAAGUAUCAACGGUUUCCAUCAAGAAAGCUUUGAAAUUCAACGGAGUCAGUUAUGAAGAUGGUUACACCUGUUUCAUUGCGUCUUGCACGUUAUGCCAUAAACAUGAUAAAACGGUGAAAUCGUCGAAACUUUACAUUAACAAAACCACUGGAAUGUUCAUGUGCUCUAAUUGCAAGAAAUCGGGACCAUGGACUACUUAUGAAUCAACGCUCAGUAUUAAAAAAAGUAAAAAAGGCAGGUUAAAAGUCGAUGAGGAAACUAUUUCUGAAACGGAGAAACUCAGAAUAGCUCUCGAGGAAAUCAGAAAUUCUACAAAUGAAUUGAAAUUAUUGGAGGAAGAGCAAUUACAGUCUGUUUUGAAGAAAUUCAAGUUACCUGUGAUUUCAAACUCAACUUUUGAAUCUCUAGAUGUAAGGAUAGACGAGAAACAGACUUCUUUAUAUUUCCCACUGGAAAAUGUAGAAUCUGAAAUAGUGGGUUAUAGAAAAGUUCACAGUCGUUUAAAUGAGGAUAUUGUCAUUCCUGACCCUACGUACGGGGGUUUGCUAACUGGAAAAGCCCCUAAAAACAAAGAUUUAGCCAUUCUAGUGCCCAACGUCUCUGACUUCCUCGUGCUUGUCAAUUCCAAAGUUAAUGCCAAUAUUGUCUGUUUACCUAAUGGAGUAAAUAAUUUAUCGCAGUAUGUCUUGCCCAGUUUGGAGAGGUUCAAAAAGUUGGUUCUGUGGUUUGCGUCGGACACCAAAUCUUGGCAAGCCACUCGGUCUUUUGUGAAGAAGCUGGGUGAAAAACGAUGUCAACGUGUGAGACCAGCCGAUAAAUACCAGCUUCCGCAUUUAAAUACUAACCAAGAUUUCAAAACUAUCAUCAACACAGCUCAGCCGUUAUGGCAUAAAUCCAUCACCACUUUUGCUUCAUUGAGAGCAGACGUUCUUUCAGAUCUCCAAAAUAUUGAUAAGGUUCAAGGUGUGAAAUGGAAGCGUUUUCCAGCACUGAAUAAAUCUCUGAAGGGCCACAGAAGCGGCGAACUGACUGUGUUAACGGGCCCCACGGGUAGCGGGAAGACUACAUUCAUCAGUGAAUAUUCCUUAGAUCUGGCGAUGCAAGGGGUCAAUACUCUGUGGGGUAGCUUCGAAAUCAGGAAUGCUAGACUGGCCAAGACCAUGUUGCAGCAGUUGUCGGGAAUCCCUCUAGACCAGAACUUGAACUUAUUCGACAUUUGGGCUGACGAAUUUGAGAAGUUACCCAUCUAUUUCAUGACGUUCCAUGGUCACCAGAGCAUCAAAGUCGUGAUGGAGGCGGUAGAACAUGCCACAUAUGUGUACGACAUCUCGCACGUGAUCAUCGACAAUCUGCAGUUCAUGAUGGGCACUUCGGAGGAGCAGAAAUACAUGGACCGGUUCUGGAAACAGGACGCGAUCAUCGGCGCGUUUCGAGAGUUCGCGACCAAGAAGAACUGUCACGUGACGCUCGUCAUCCAUCCGAGGAAGGAACGAGACGAUGAGGACCUGACGACGAGUUCGAUCUUUGGCGGAGCGAAAGCAUCCCAGGAAGCGGACAACAUACUGAUAAUACAAGACAAGAGGCUGACUGCUGUCAGAGGAAAAAAAUAUCUGCAGGUAGUGAAAAACAGAUAUAGCGGAGAUCUGGGAAUAAUGCCCUUAGAUUUCGACAAAAACAGUUUGAGUUAUCAGCAAAAAAAGGCCAAAGAGAAGAAAUCAGAAACCCAUCUAUCAGCAGAACAAACAUCAGAAUCUAAAGGUGAUAAUUCCGCAUCAAAUGUGUGAAUUCUGUAGUUAGUUUUUGUUGAUAUAUUAUAUUUUUUUACAUACCACUAUUAAAUUUGUUUCGCAUAA